CCGGAGAAGUCAAGCUGAGAAUUAGAAGCUCAAGUGAAGAUCAGAAACGCCAAGAAUUUAGGUGUGGAAAUAAACUGAAUUCGAAGUAUCCGCACAAGAUCAAAUGUUGGUCCAGGAUCGUGCGGUGCCGAAACCCCCGAAAUCCCAGAUCGGAACUCUCCCCACACUGCACCGAAACCGAUUCUCUGAGCCUAAAAGCCUCGACUUUUCGACAUGGGUUUCUGAUAAUUUCUACAAAAUCGUUACGAUAUGUAUCCUUAUCUUCACCGUGGCGACCGUCUUCUUCCUCUACAACUCGACUGACACGGCGUCUUUUCUAAGGCUCCAGUCCCAGACGCAGCAAUCUCUUGAUUCCAUCUCUCUCCCUCGAAUCAACUGGAAUUCGAUCGCACCCAUCUCUGAUAAGUCGUCUCCUUACGCGAAUUUUCGAUCCGAGCGAUGGAUUGUGGUGUCGGUGUCGGAUUAUCCCUCGGAUUCGUUGAAAAGGAUGGUGAAGAUCAGGGGGUGGCAAGUUUUGGCGGUUGGAAAUUCGAGGACGCCCAAGGAUUGGAGCUUGAAAGGUGCCAUUUUUCUGUCUUUGGAUACGCAAGCUAAUUUGGGGUUCCGGGUUGUGGAUUUCUUGCCUUAUGAUUCUUAUGUUAGAAAGACUGUGGGUUAUCUGUUUGCAAUCCAACAUGGGGCCAAGAAGAUCUUUGAUUGUGAUGAUCGUGGGGAGGUGAUUGAUGAUGAUUUAGGGAAGCAUUUUGAUGUAGAAUUGAUGGGGGAGGGAGCCAGGCAAGAGCCUCUAUUGCAAUAUAGUCAUGAUAACCCUAAUAGGACUGUAGUGAACCCAUAUAUUCAUUUCGGGCAACGGUCGGUUUGGCCAAGGGGAUUGCCACUAGAGAAUGUAGGUGAAAUUGAGCAUGAGGAGUUUUACACUGAGGUCUUUGGUGGCAAGCAGUAUAUACAACAAGGGAUUUCCAAUGGGUUACCUGAUGUAGAUUCUGUGUUUUAUUUUACAAGGAAGUCAGGUUUGGAAGCAUUUGAUAUUAGGUUUGAUGAGCGUGCACCAAAAGUGGCAUUGCCGCAAGGUAUGAUGGUGCCAGUGAACUCAUUUAAUACCAUGUAUCAUUCAUCAGCAUUUUGGGCAUUGAUGCUUCCUGUAUCUGUUAGCACCAUGGCUUCUGAUGUUUUGAGGGGUUAUUGGGGACAGAGGCUUUUGUGGGAGAUUGGUGGUUAUGUUGUUGUUUAUCCACCCACAGUUCAUCGGCAUGAUAGAAUUGAAGCAUAUCCAUUUUCAGAGGAGAAGGAUCUUCAUGUGAAUGUAGGCCGUUUGAUCAAAUUCUUGGUAGCAUGGAGGUCAAACAAGCAUAGGUUGUUUGAAAAGAUAUUGAAAUUAAGUUAUGCUAUGGCUGAAGAGGGGUUUUGGACUGAGAAGGAUCUCAAGUUCACUGCUGCUUGGCUUCAGGACUUGCUUGCUGUUGGUUAUCAGCAACCAAGGUUGAUGUCUCUGGAAUUGGACCGGCCACGGGCAAAUAUUGGUCAUGGGGAUCAAAGGGAAUUUGUCCCUCGGAAAUUGCCAUCUGUUCAUCUUGGAGUGGAAGAAAUGGGAACAGUUGAUUAUGAGAUAGGGAAUUUGAUUCGGUGGAGGAAAAAUUUUGGAAAUGUCGUGCUUGUCAUGUUUUGCAAUGGUCCGGUGGAGCGCACGGCCUUGGAGUGGAGAUUGCUUUAUGGGCGAAUAUUCAAAACAGUUAUUAUUUUAUCUGGGGAGAAGAAUUUAGAUCUGGCUGUUGAACAAGGUCAAUUGGAUCAUGUUUACAAGCAUCUGCCCAAAAUAUUUGAUCGAUAUAGUAGUGCAGAAGGCUUUUUAUUCCUUGAAGAUGAUACCAUUCUUAAUUACUGGAAUCUCAUACAAGCAGACAAGACAAAGCUUUGGAUUACUGAUAAGGUAUCCAAGUCUUGGACUACAGUAUCAACUGAUGGAAACUCAGAGUGGUUUUCAAAACAAGCUGAAAUGGUAAAGAAAGUUGUGAGCACAAUGCCAGUCCACUUUCAAGUGAACUAUAAAGAAGUCAUGAAGAAUGACCGAAGCCUCACAAUCUGCAGUUCUGAGAUAUUCUAUAUUCCUCAACACCUUGUCUCUGAUUUUGUUGAUCUUGUCAAUCUGGUUGGCGAUCUAGAAAUCCACCACAAGGUUGCCAUACCCAUGUUCUUCACAUCAAUGGAUUUGCCUCAGAAUUUUGACUCAGUGCUCAAUACAAUGGUCUAUGAGCUGAAACUGCCUACUAAUUCUUCAACACAUUAUUCUGCACAAGCACCUGCAGUGCAUCCAUGGAGUGUGUCAAGCGAACAGGAAUUCAUAAAGCUAAUCAGAAUAAUGGCCGAAGGUGAUCCUCUCCUAAUGCAGUUGGUUUGAAGGUAAAAUAGACUUCUUUGAUACAUAAAGGAACUGCUGUAGGAGAGGAAACAGAAACCAUGUACCACUUUGUAACUGUCAUACCAAAUUCUGCUCUUCUUUUUACCUUAAUUUUUUCAAGGGAGGGGUGUUCUUUUUGUAACUUCUCUGUAGAUUUACCGUUGUAUGAUUCAUUUCCUGAUUGGGGGUCCCCUUCACAGAAAAUUGUGUCAAUCUUGUUCAUCUGGUUCAUUAAUAUAUGAGAAGAAAAAUGUUCUCAUAUGCCAAUCUGUGUUUUUCUUGAUGUUUUCCUUUAUGGUUGAAAGGUUUAUGUGCCUUAACCCCUCUUUAACAUCUUUGGUCUUCACUGAGUAGUGACACUUCCGCAAAAUGACUUAUCUUUACCCUCAUGGUUUUAGCAAGUGUUUCUAUGGAGUCAGAAAAUGGACUAAACUACAGCGUUUGUUUUGACCACACUAACAAAUUAUCAUGAAUCUC